AUGGCCACCACAAUGCAGGCUGUGGUGUUUCACGAGCCGUACAAGGUAGCGGUGGAGCAGGUACCUAUACCUACUGUGCAGCAGCCAGAUGACAUUGUCAUCAAGGUGGCAUAUACCGCGCUAUGUGGCAGUGACCUACACACAUUUCGCGGUGUUGAGCCUGCGUCCCCAGGAUUCAUCAUGGGCCAUGAAUUCAUGGGGGAAAUUGUCGAGACCGGCAGCGCUGUGAAGAAGCUCGAGAAAGGAGAUCGUGUAGUUAGUGCUUUUACUACAUCUUGUGGUCACUGCUUUUACUGCAAGAAUGGAUGGUCCUCACGCUGCGAGAAGAAUACCCUCUUUGGAUGUGAGGCCCUAAAUGGCGGUCAAGCUCAAUAUGUCCGUGUUCCGGACGCAGAGGGCACAGUCAUGAAGGCUCCCGAGGGUGUCGAUGAGAAGUAUCUAGUGCUGAUGGGCGAUAUCUUCCCGACUGGAUACUUUGCUGCUAGCAACGCAUUUAAAAACUCCACCCCAGAACAGAUUGCCGGGCAAACUGUGGUCUUGAUCGGCUGUGGUCCUGUCGGCCUCUGUGCUUUGAUCAAUGCACUCGAGUACAAGCCCAAGCAUCUAAUUGCUGUGGACUCUGUUCCUUCGAGGUUGGAGUUGGCCAAGUCACUUGGUGCUGAGCCUUGGAACUUCAUGACUGAUCGGGAGGGACUUGAUAAGCGGGUGCUAGAACUGACUGAGGGUCGAGGUGCUGAUGCUGUCAUUGAGGUGGUUGGACUGAGUCCUGCAUUGCGUACUGCUUAUGACCUGCUACGGCCUUUUGGAACCAUUAGCAGUGUGGGAGUUCACAAUGCUGAGAUUCCUUGGGAUGGAUGUGACGCUUAUAAUAAGAAUUUGAGUGUUUAUAUGGGCAGAUGUCCUGUUCGUUCAGUUACUCCGCGGGCACUGGAGGUUCUCAAAAAGAACCAGCAUAAGCUUGGAUUUAUGACUGAGAAUUUCAUGCCUCUUUCAAAAGCUGUUGAGGCAUAUGAGCUAUUCAAUGCGAUGAAAGUUCAAAAGGUCAUCUUUUUGCCUGACCAGUAA